CCCCAAACCAAACCAACACCGUCCAUUCAUUUCCCUCUUGCAUUCUCUAGCCCCUUUUCUCUAGCUAAGCUUAAUUCUGUUGAAUUCUUCUUUAAAACUCUACAUUCUCUGUCUGACUUGUAGAUUUUCCAAGAAACAUCACAUCCCUCCCAGACUAUAUCUCACUUCACAUUCUUUGAAAAACAUACAAGAACACCAUGAUUUCUUCAAUAAAACACUUCCCAUCUUCUUUCACUUCUACAGAUUUCUUACGCAAGAAACAUUCAAUCACCAGACAACAAUUUUCUCCAUUACCCAUUAUCAAGAACGUCCACAAUGGCUUCCCUAACCAAUCUUUCUCUUCUCAAAAACCACUACACGUUGCCUCCAUUGAGAAUCUUGCAAUCUCGAAUAAGACCCAACAGAGGAAAACAGAGUGCCAGGCUUAUGAAGCUGACAGGUCUAGGCCUCUGGACAUAAAUAUUGACUUACCAGACGAAGAAGCUAGACUGGUGGCAGCUAAAAGGAUUAAGAUUGGAAUUUACUUUGCUACUUGGUGGGCUUUGAAUGUAGUUUUCAAUAUAUAUAACAAGAAGGUUUUGAAUGCCUUUCCUUUCCCUUGGCUUACCUCUACUCUGUCUCUGGCUGCUGGCUCUCUUAUGAUGCUCAUAUCUUGGGCUACGAGGGUUGCUGAUGCUCCUAAAACCGACUUUGAGUUUUGGAAGACCCUUUUCCCUGUUGCGGUGGCACAUACCAUUGGGCAUGUAGCAGCAACUGUGAGCAUGUCAAAGGUGGCAGUUUCAUUCACUCAUAUCAUUAAGAGUGGUGAACCUGCUUUCAGUGUUUUGGUUUCAAGAUUUUUAUUAGGGGAAGCAUUUCCACUACCUGUUUACUUGUCACUACUGCCAAUUAUAGGAGGUUGUGCACUGUCAGCUGUGACUGAGCUCAAUUUUAACAUGACUGGUUUUAUGGGGGCUAUGAUAUCAAAUUUAGCAUUCGUGUUUCGGAACAUAUUCUCAAAGAAGGGGAUGAAAGGCAAUUCUGUUAGUGGGAUGAACUACUACGCAUGUUUGUCUAUGUUGUCUCUUUUAAUUCUUACACCUUUUGCAAUCGCUGUUGAGGGUCCUCAGCUAUGGGCUGUAGGCUGGCAGAAGGCAGUCUCACAAAUUGGACCCAAUUUUGUCUGGUGGGUGGUAGCUCAGAGUGUCUUCUACCACUUGUAUAAUCAGGUUUCAUACAUGUCUCUGGAUCAAAUUUCUCCCUUGACAUUUAGCAUUGGAAACACAAUGAAGCGAAUUUCAGUUAUAGUCUCGUCCAUCAUCAUCUUCCACACACCCGUCCAGCCUGUUAAUGCCCUUGGAGCUGCCAUUGCAAUCCUUGGGACCUUCCUCUAUUCACAGGCAAAGCAGUGAGAAAGUGAGGCAUUUCAAGAUUUUGGUGACUUGACAUAUUACAAAGCACGGCAUUUCCUCUUCAAGAUGGAAGCAAUUAACGAGUUUUCAUGACAGUCUUGUACCCUUUAAUGCUGCCCAUAAACUAGUAGAUUUUACAUUCCUUUUGUUUUUCAAUUUGUAGAUUGCGAAGAAAAUGCCAUUGUAUUUAUUUUGAAAUAAGGCCUGUUAUGUUUUGAGCUAUGAUAAUGAUGAAUGUUGCGGGUUUCAUG